CUUAGGGUUAGUGUUUUCAAAGUAAUCUGCAUCGUUAAAAUUUUAUUCGAAACGCUAACACUAAUCUCAAAAGCUUUUCCCAAACAGACUCCUAAUAAUUUGUGUGAGAAAGUCCAAGAAUAGACCUUAAAUGCAAGAAAUCACUACUCUAGUAGGAGGGCUAAGACUUCUAAGAGUACACGGUCCAGCCGCCGCCUGUGUACAAGUUCUCCUUCAGCCACUCCUUCCGACGACCAGUUUAGGAACCAGAGACCUAUUUCUGUUGUUCUUUCCUGGUGUUUCUAGGGAUUCGACCAGAGGGCCGGACAAGAGCUCCCUUCGCCACCAGUUUCCCUGUCUUUCGCUUACUCAAUUCCAGAGUCCGGCAUACACGAGCUCCUUCAGCCAUUCUGUCCGACGACUAGUGGUUAGGGAUACAACCUGAGGGAUACGGCUUUUCCAGCGAUUCGUCUGCCACUCUUUCUCCUGGUUUUUUGCUUACUCUCAAAUCCAGGGCUCGGGGUUACGAUCUCUGCCAGUCAGCCGCCAGGUAGAAAUACAAUAUCAAUUGCAAGCUCCAUUAAAAGAUCGAUUGGCAUCUGAAAAUUAACGUGUUUGUUAUCCAGCGGAGCAGACCUUGCAAAUAUGGUGUAGACCUUGCCAAGCAGAUAACGUCUUUGCACAAUAUUUUGAGAGAUGUGGCAGUGUAAGAAUAAGUUUCUCGAGGCAGACUCCUGAAAAGGCUAACCAUCUUCAGAAACUUCGUUCACUGACACCUGUAGCCACCUUGUUCGCUACCUUGCUGCCCUUCCAUGCAUGCUGUCCACCAUCUCACCUCUACCUCCGGGCGUAACUCCUUGUGCUAGUCAUGCAAACUCAAGACCCUGUGUUGUGCCACCCCGCUAUCUUUCGCCUUGUGUUGCACCCUAUAUACCACCCCACGUCUCUGAGCAGCGGCAGCCUUGCCUUCCAAACUGUCAAUUUCAAGUGAAAUCCUGAAUUGCGACUAAGACAGAAUUGAGAAUGGUAUUGAUAAGGACAAUGGCAAAGUUGAAGUCGUCGUUGUUAUAUGUUGAACUCUAAGUGGAAGUGAACAUUGAAGAUUUGGCUUCGGAAGUUGAUUGAUGCUGUACUGAAGAUCAGGGCUGUUUGCUUUUAGGUUAUAGAGUUGGAUUCUAGUUUCUAACUUAGGGGCUGUUUGGCAACUUCUGAAUAGGUAAGUGCUGAACCAGUAAGAGGUCUGAACCAUUAAGUGCUGAACCAGUAAGAGAUUUGAACCAUUAAGAGCUAGUAUAUUGCUUAACUAUUCAGAGGCAAAUAUCUGAUCAAUUCAGAUAAGAGCUCUUAACCAUUCAGACCAUGUAUAAUACUUAACCAUUCAGACAUCUAAAUUAUUAAGAGGCUGAAACAAACAGUCUGAACCAUU